AUUGAUCCGUCUCUUCCUUCUCGAUAAAAAAAAAAAAAUCGGCCCAGCCGAUCGGCCACCGCCGCCGAUCUCCGCCGAUCUUCCCCACGCCGCCGAUCUCCAUCGAUCGGCCAUGGCUGCUCAAACUUCUGAUCCCAUGGAUCGACUGCCUACGGGCUUGAAAUUAUUUGUCCGGAAUCUUCAAUCUCUAACUCCGGUCAAACUAGAUGAUACAAAUUAUCCCUCUUGGUCUGCUACGGUUCGCGCAAACCUCGUCGCUCAUCGUCUCCUCGAAUAUGUUGAUGGUUCAGAAGUGCCUCCUUCACCCCUUAUUUUGGACGAGAAAGCUGCUGCCCCUGGCAAGGAUGCACCGCCAGUUAUGAAACCCAAUCCUGCUUAUGACUCAUGGGUUCUUGUUGAUGCUCAAGUCAGGGCCUGUCUUAUCGCUAUUGUUUCUCCAACUGUUCAGACUCAUAUUCAUGCUCUUCCAUCCUCUGCUGCAAUUUGGAAUCACCUCGAACAACGGUACAAUUCUCUUUCACGUACUCAUAUUUUUCAAUUGAAGGAGCGUCUACAUAGCAUUCAAAAGGGCACUGAUUCCAUGCAAACAUACCUGGACACUGUUCUCACUAUUGUCUCAUCUCUGAAAUUGGCUCAUGAGGACAUCUCUGAACAAGAUAUUAUCCUUUGCAUAAGAUCGAUCGUGUUGAGCUACUGCCGCGCGAGUGUGAUGAUGGACUCCGAUCCGGCCAAACAUCCUCAGCUCCGGCCACCGGGGCGGCGCGGCGCGGCUCAACUAGGUAGCUAUAGAAGAGCCUUGAAGAAGGGAUUGCAAGUAGGAAGUGAUGGCCAAGAAAGCAUCGACGGGGCAAGGGAGGGUGAGGCCGCCGGCGGGGUGCUGGAAGCCGAACUCCUCCUCGGCGCGGCUCAGCAGUUCCUGGAACAUGGGAUGGCUGAGGGUGACAGUAGUGUGCUUUUAAGGAUUACUUAUGCUGUUGGAUCAAUUCUUCCACCAGUUGAGAUUAAUGAUGAAAGUAGCUUCCAAUUUUAUAUGGAUUUGAAAUCAAUUGAUCAUGACUUCUCAAAGCUCCCAAUCUGUGUUGAAUUUGUCCAUACAACAACCCCUGUUCAAGCACCCUUGCCACUUUGUCAUGAUAAUGCAUGCCAUGCUUUGAUGGAAAAUCUGUCGCACUUACCCAUCAGCUUCAGUGAUACUGUGUCAUGUUCACCUUACAGUUCACGUGAUUAUUCAGACCAUGGAAGUGCGCAAGGUAGUGAAGUUAUUCAAAUGGAGGAUCCAGUGCCUUUCCAUAUUGCCACAGAUCAACAAGAUUUGAACACUAUGCAGUCAUACAAUGCAUGUGCUGAACCCAAAAUCAAUGUAGAAGUUAUUUUGCACUACCAUCCAACGUUUAUUUGCAAAAAUAUGAUCUACAAGUCAAAGCUAGACUUGCAACACCAUUUGCAGAUGUACUCUAUAUUGAACAAUUUUCAGUACAGAACACUUACAUCAAACAAAAAGUUUCUUCAUGUUGUGUGUUUGGAUGAUCAUUGUGCGUGGACAGUGCGGGCUGUUCGUUUAGAGCGUUCAAAUCUUUUCCAGAUUCGAAGGUUUGAUUCCUCUCAUUCAUGCUCUGUUGAUCUGCGCGAAGGUGACCAUAGACAAGCUACAUCUAGAUUGCUAUCAGAUCUUGUUCUGCAUCGCUAUACGGAUGCUUUUAAAAAACCAUAUGGACCUAAUGAUAUACGAGAAGACAUGAGGAGAGAUUAUGAUGGUACAUUCCUGAAGGCAUAUUUUCGUGGUACAUUAUUGACCGCCUGCACACAAGAUGCAAACCGGCAGAUUGUCCCAUUGGCUUUUGGCAUUUGUGACACUGCGAGUAAGGAGACCUGGAUGUGGUUUUUAACCAAUGUGAAACGUGCACUAACUGAACGUAGUAACCUGUACAUUAUAUCUAACCGCCAUGACGGCAUUAUAUAUGCUGUUGAACAAGUCUUCCCCUCCGUUUCUCACGGGUAUUGUUCUGAGCACAUACUUCGCAAUAUCAAAUCCAAAUUUAGAGGGAAAUCAGAGGUGAUUCAGUGGAAAUUUAGAGGUGCUGCUCAGGCAGCUACUGUCAAGGAAUUCGAAGAGUAUCUUCAACUGCUGGAUGAUGAAGAUCCUCGAAUAAGGGAAUACCUCAACAAAAUUGGGAAUUCAAAGUGGUCUAGAUGCCAUAGUGACAAAUCUCGUUAUUCUAGUAUGACAUCAAAUCUCGCUGAGUCAUUGAAUAAUGUCAAUAAUAGUGCUAGGGAGUUUCCUGUUGCAAAGCUUGUUGAAUUCAUUCGUGAUAGGAUGCAGCUGUGGUUUCAUGAACGGUCAGAAAUUGCUAGUUCCACUCGCACCCCUCUUCCUAAGAAACUUGAGGUUGUCCUAAUUCAAAUGCAACGUGAAGCUUUUCGUAUGAAGGUAUGCUUUUCAGAAACUAGUCAUUCUUAUAUUAUUGCUUAUGGAGAGUGAUGUUUAAGUUGUUUC